ACGGUUGUGUUUUCGUAUCUCAACUGAAUAUUUCAGUAGUUUCAGUAACAAUGUCUUCAGUUCAGCAUCUGAGAGAGUUUAUCAGAGAGCGACUAACUGCUGCUGCUGAAGAAAUCUUCUCAGAGGUUGAGAAAACCAUCGUCCGCUACGAGGAGGACGUCAGACUGCUGGGAACCUGCUGGAAACCCCAGAUAAAACUCUCCAGAAUCGACGUUCCAACGCAACAUGUUGAUAACGAAGAGGAAGCUCUCGCUGACCACCAGCUCUGUAAUCAGCUGAUGAUCUUGAAUGAAGACCAAGAGCAACCAGAGCCUCCACAAGAUGAUGAGAACAUCAAGGAACCGAAACAUUCACAGCUUAAAGUGGAACAGGAGGAACCAGGACCUGAACACAUUAAAGAGGAACAGGAGGAAGUCUGGAGCAGUCAGGAGGAAGAGCACCUUGCCCUGCAGAUGGAGAUUGUGAAUUUCACUGAGACUCAGACUCUUCAACAAACUGACUUCAGUAAAGAAGAGCCAAACAUUGAGCACCUUGACUCUAACAAACUUUCUGUUGUGGAGAACAUGGAUCAAGCUGAAAUCUAUGGUCCUGUGUCACAGAGUGAGUCUGAAACUGUUACAGAUGCAUGUUUCCAGUGUGAUGUUUGUGGACGAGUCUUUAAAUAUAAGUAUAAUUUCCAGCGACAUCACAGAGUCCACUCAGGCGAGAAGCCUUUUCGUUGUAAAAUGUGUGGAAAAGUCUUUGCUCAAACGUCUCAUUUGAAAGAACACAUGACGACUCAUACAGGUGAGAGGCCUUUCUCCUGUGAAACCUGUGGGAAAGGUUUUAGCAGAAGGUUUAAUCUAAAAGUUCACAGAAAGAUCCACACAGAUGAGAGGCCUUUCUCCUGUGAAACUUGUGGGAAAAGGUUUCGUGAGAGAUGGUAUGUGAAAUUCCACAGGCGAACCCACACAGGGGAGAAGCCAUUUUCAUGUGACACAUGUGAUAAAAGUUUUUAUACGGUCAGUCAACUGAAUGUGCACAGGAAAACCCACAGAGGUCGGAGGCAAUUUUCAUGUGCAACAUGUGGAAUAAGCUUCACUAGAUUGAAAUGUUUAACUGCCCACACGAGAGUCCACGGAGGAAGAGGCAAUAUCCACAUGGGCCGUGCAGGUAAGGUUGCAGAGAUGAGCGUUUUUUAAAUCCACACAGGCACUGAGUGAAACAUGUAAAGGUUUUUAAGUUCAUGGAUUAGUAUACAGCAUUUUUGGCAUCUUGUGAUGAUCACUGGUGAAAAAUGUUCUUGGUGGGGCUGAUGUAACAAUACAUUUCUCUACCUCCUCCAAUACAUGAAAUGAAAUCAACAGGAGACGAUGAAAACCACUGAACAGCAUCCCUUUACCGUCAUGCCCGCGCAAUGCCAGUUCAAAAGCACCACAACAUCUAAUACAGUCAAAGAGUUUAGAUAAAAUAUGACAAUUCUUAUCAACCUCUUCAUUGUGCCGUCUUACCAUCAUCCAGCUGCGCCGCUGUGCUAAUCUUUCCGAGCACAGCUAGCAUGACAAAGUUUUCCAUGAACUCUUGAUUGUUCAUGCUUCUUAAUGUGUUCAGAGAGAUGCUUCUAGUUGGUUUAACUGUGUCCACGUUAAAUCACAUUUGGCAGAAAACAAAAGUGCAUUCCACAGCCGGUCCACCACGACUUUCUCUUGAACCAACUCUUGCUAAAAACUCCGGUUGUAGACUUUAUUUUUCCCCUUGGUCUGCUGGUUGAUGAUAAUGUUGGGCUUGUCUGGUCCCAGUUCCUUAACCCGGAUUUUGUUCUCCACUGUCCUUCAUGUGAACGGGGAGAUAAAUAAGGAUCCGUCUGAAUUCAGUGGAAGCUGCACCUCGCUCGUUAAGUUCGCCAUCAUCCCUCUGAUUGACUGCGACCCACAAGCGUUUUGUUUUAGGGGCGAUAUUUUCAGUUCCCCAAAGCCAUGAAAUUCUGCGACACUGAUUGGUCUUAUUUUCAUUCAUUUGCCCUCGCAGCUGCACACGAUUGGCUGCAUUACUCUGAACAGUGCUCCAUGAUAGAAACAUACAAGUCUGUCUGUGGGAUUUCACUGGUGAAAAAGCCCCAGCGCCCCCUAGGGGCCGUCCCGUCACUGCCUAUGAUGAUGAUUUUUAGGUUUUAAAUAGUUGUACACAAACGAAUGAGGAGUUGCUCAUUUUCCUUAUUUAAUCAUUUUUAUGUUACUGUGUUGUUUGCUAUAUUUGUACAUUACCUUUAGAAAUGUGCAGUGUAUAUUUACUUUCUAGAUUAUAAAAACGAUUCGUUGUGUGUUUGUGGGUUUCACUAUGAAAAAAUAAACUUUUUUCCAACUCGGA